GCAGCAAGUCUUUGGUAACAUUGGAAGCGCUCGGUAAGCCAUAAGGCUAAAGUCACAGGCGUGUGUCACUGGUCAGUUUCUGAAACACAAAUAGACACUUUACUGUCACUAGCUGCCAUCAAGUUGAGUUGUGGGCAGUUGUUAAAGUGUUUCAAUUGAUAAGUUUUCCCCUAUAGAUGCCAGAUUGAAAUGAUUAAAUCAAGCUAAUCUAACCAGAUUGCGAAUUGGAAAGGAACAAAACUACCAAAAAUAAAAGAUUAAUGAGAAAAUAGUAAACAAGCGUUUGACUAUGCUUUUGGUCUGCUGUCAGAAAGCCUGUCCUAGGAACCAAAGUUCAGUCAUUGUUUCCUGGACGUUCCGUUUCCAGUGUUGCACACGGGUAGAGAUGAGUGCCGAUCUUUGUCUAUGCAGCUGUUUGUUUUGCUCUGUGUAAUGCGUUUAUGUAAAAUUACCAUAUCACAGAUGUGCAUAAUAUCGGCACUGGACCAGUAAUCGAGACUGUCAACAAAUGCAUAUGAACUAAGAAUCUCAUUUCCAACUCUCGAUUCUCUGACUGGAAUCUACUCCAUUUUUGGCCGCCUCAAUCAGCCUAAAUUGUUGUGGGGCUUCACUACAUUAAAUGGUCCUUCGAGCCGGAUUGAGAGCAACAUCAAACCAAUAUGGAAUCCACAGCAAGCGAUGCAUUAGAUACAAUGAACAGACCUCGCCGCAAGACUAAUCUGCCUUCUCAACUGGACGAUUACAAAGUUGGCUACUGACUUACAAAUGACCCUCCUUUUGAAGCUUCUCACUGUAUCAGCCAACCUGGAAGCAGCUUGAGGAAAUCGUCUCCUAGUGGAGUUAGCUCUCACUCCAGGACCAGUAGGUGGCCCAUUACCUCCACUGGUGUCUAUUUUCCUCCAGAACGCUCAAGUGUCCAGACUGUUAUUUUGGAGGAGAAUAUUAAACAAAGGUAGUUUGACAGUCUCCACCAGCAGGUAGAAGAGGACUCACUAGCUGACGUGGAAUAUCAACGGCUGCAGACACAAGCUAAAGAAGCCUGGCAUAUUCAGGAGGAGGCUCUCACAGCAAAGGAGACCUUAUAUAAGCAGCUAGACAGACAUCAUAUACUGCAACAAUCAGAGACUGAGCUUGAGGUAGCGAAGCUCAUAUCCUCCAUGCUUACCAAAGACACUGGUUCAACACCCCAGUGCCUUCAGGCUCGCCAAACAGCACUUCGCCGCCACCUCAGCUUGUACAAAUUAGUCAAGCCAUGAGUCCACCUCAUCCCUUGUCCUCUAUGUUUUGGCAGCCCUCUUUCCAGUCACCAGCUGUACAGAUUAUUCUUGAUGACUCUGGGGUGUCUCAGCUGUCACUCAGACCACUGCAGUUGACAUUACCUGUAACUGAUUACCUAUAACUGACGUUGUGAGUGCAUCAUCUACUGCAACGCUUCACGUCGCUACAAGCAGUCACAUCACCAGUCUCUAACAUAUCUCAAACUCUCCCUAUAACUGCACCAGCUCCCUCUGUGUUACCAACAUCGAGUGUGGCUCCUCAACCACCUUCAGGAGCUACAGUCGUGUCCAUUGCUGCACACCCCAUAAAUACAAGUAUGUUAUCUGUGCCACAGCAGCGUGCUACAUUCCCAGCCAAUCAUCCAGUACCACCUUCACAUGCAGAUACGUCAUGAAUAGGCCAUGCAGUAGCACCUCCCAGGCCAGUCCAGCCUCCGUUCACCAGGCAUCAGCUAUGGCACCAAAUGUCCCUAGCUAUGCUCAACCAUUUUCAGUCUUGCCUGUGCCCUACGGUGGCUACCCAACAUACCCUGGAACAGAGCUACUGAUUGCAUCAUCCUAUGGCACCCUACGACCCACGCUACCAGUUUUCGAAAGUGUUAAUGAAAGUGAUUUCUCUUUGUUAAAAAUGGCAUUGGACAAUCUGUUGAGUAACCACAGCUUUCUCAGUGAGCAGUACAAAUAUCAGGUCUUGCUAAGCCAUUUGAAACUACCCAGUGCUCAGCAGCUAGCUAAAGCCUAUAUGUAUCAUCCACAGCCAUAUUCAGCUGCACUGCAGGCGCUUCAAGAGAAAUAUGGCCAGCCAAGACAGCUUGUCCAGUUAGAGUUGGGAGCCAUCAUGAGCACUCCACCACUUAAAAUGGGUGACGCUAACGUCUUUGACUCCUUUGCCUUAUCAGUUCAAUCAUUAGUAGGCAUGCCUACUAAUGAGGAAUCUUGAGGGACAGAAUGGUUAUGAGCUUAUGUGUGGCUCUGCCUAUCGUGAUGGCUUUGUGGAAUACUGCCUAAGCAGGGGUAUUCUCCAGACAGGUACAGACAAAACCUACAUGCUUCCUGAUCUGACGGCCUGGUUAGAGAUCAAGUCCCAAGCAAAACGCAUCUCCAGCCGAGCUGCGACCUUGUUUCAGAGUGACUCAUCCAAGUUUUAUGACAAGGCUAGGGCAUUUACCCAUCCAAAGGAGCAGUCAACACUAGUUUUUUUGACCAAUGAGAAAAGUGCAAAGCCCCUUGAAUCCGUAGCCCUUAAAUCCAGCUCCAAGCCAAAGCCAUAUUGUCCCCAUUGUGACAACAGGGACCAUUACCUCAACUCCAAUGCGUCCAAUUUAAGAAGUUGACCACGGACCAGAUUGUCACUUGGAUUAAAGAGAGAAAGCACUGCUGGAGAUGUGGCCGGGCCCAUGCAGCAGAUACUAGCAGAUACUUGCAGAUACUUGCAACCUCAAAUGUCCAUGUAAGGUCUAUAAAGAGUUACAUCUCACAGUUUUUCAUGACUCCGUCAUUGACACCUCCAGGGCUGUUCUCGUGGUAAGCCUGCCACCUGCACGGAUUUACCUCGACAGACCUAACCAUUCACUAAGGGUCAUGUUGAAAGUGGUUAAAAUCCUUCUCCACCAUGGAAGCACAUGCAGUCCUUGACGACGGGUCAGAGAGAGCAAUAGUGCUUCCGUUAGUAGUGCAGCAGCUUAAGUUAACCAGUGAUCUUGAGUUGCUCCCCUUACAGACAGUUCAGCAGUGUCACACUGAACUUGAAGGGGCAUCUGUUUCUUUUGAAGUGUCUUCAGUAGCCAAGCCUACGAAGAAGUUUGUUAUACACAGUGCAUUCACUGCAACCAGUCUGUGUCUCGUGGAGCACAGUUACCCAGUGGCUGCUCUCCAAAAAGCUUAUCGACACCUAAAGGAUCUGCUACUGCCUCCUGUGGACAGGGUGAAGCCAUUGCUCCUUAUUGGGUCAGACAUGCCUCACCUGUUAAUGCCAAUUCAGCCUAUAAGCAAAGGCCCAGUGGGGGGGCCCAUUGCUGUCUGCACACAGCUUGGAUGGUCUCUCCAGGGCCCGAUGAGUCCAAUACAGCCCUUAAUCAGCAGUGUAAUCAGUAGUGUCUUCACAUCAUGACAGUUCCAACCCGUGAUGACCAUAUCCAGCAUGUAGAAAGGCUCUGGCAAGUUGAUGACAAAAUGGUCACCAGGUCCAAGCAAGAUCGAGAGACUUAUACCCUGCUGCAAAAUGCCACCAUCAGGGUGAAUGUGGACGGUGUUCAACGCUGCGCUACCCCAUUGCUGAGAUGAAAACUGGUUAGCAUACUCCAUGCAGAUGAAGAGGCUGUGCUCCCCAGUCUUCGAAGCACUGAGCACAGACUGGCACGGGAUCCUGAGAGGGCUGAGGCUUACUGUACUGAGAUUCGUAAUUUGGAGUCAGCUGGGUAUGUUGCUAAGAUAACUACAGAGUCUUAGUUCAUUCCGCACCAUAUGGUGCACCACAAUGGUAAAGACAGAAUAGUCUUCAACUGUUCAUUUCAAUAUCAGGGGCAAUCACUGAAUGAUCAACUGCUACCUGGGCCGACUCUGGGACCAUCUUCAUUGGGUGUCCUCCUGAGAUACCGCCAACAUGCCGUUGCUAUCGAUGGGGAUAUCAAAGGUAUGUUCCACCAGGUACGCUUGUUGCCUGGGGACAAGCCAGUGCUGCGGUUCAUUUGGAGAGAUAUGCGCAGAGAAGUGGAACCAGACAUAUAUGAGUGGCAGGUGCUCCCAUUCGGACCCACUUGUAGCCCAUGUUGUGUUAUCUAUGUCCUCCAACACCAUGUGUAGGGACACAAAAGUGAUAUGGCUGAUUUAGACGACAUAGUGGAACACUCAUUCUAUGUCGAUAACUGCCUUCAUAGCACACCAACUUUAGAUGAAGCCAAAACUGAGGUAGAACCCGGCUUCAGUGAAUUUAAGAAAGCUGUCUUUACCGGAACUGUUUCAGCGCCUAGUUUUUCAUUUCCUGAUCCAAGCCAAUUCCACACAUGGCCAGAACUGGUCCAAACCACUGUUAGGUCCCUGUAUGGGGCAGCUGCAACAGACACUGACUCUCCUGGUAAGGCUUCUGAUUAUAUUGAAGCAGAGAAGCUCCUUCUGGCACAGGCUUAAAGUGACUCAUUUCCACUUGAAGUUAAGUCUUUAAAGGCCAGACGGCAUAUUCCAGCUGAUAGUCAUUUGGGCUCUCUUGCACCUGAGUAUGAUGGGGCCACUGGUCUCAAUAGGGUGGGUGGACGAUUACGUCAUGCUGAUGAUCUAGAUCUGGAGGCUAUACACCCAAUCACAUUGGACCCUGGCCAUCAUACCACAACGCUGCUAAUUAAAGAGACAGAUCAGCGACUCCUUCACCCUGGCUCGAAACUGGUCCUAGCAGACCUACGUCGCCAGUAUUGGGUGCUUCGAGGCCAAGAAGCAGUUCGUAAACACCAAUACACCUGUCAAGACUGUCAGUUGUGGUGGGUAAAGCCUCAAAACCCUCAAAUGGUUGAUCUACCACCCUUCUGACUGAAUCUGUAAAAACCACCUUUCUAUUCUACUGGUGUGGACUGCUUCGGCCCAUUCGCAGUGAAAGUUGGUCGCCACCAAGAGAAGAGAUGGGGGAUUUUCUACAAAUGUAUGAUGACCCGGUGUGUGCAUCUAGACCUGUUGGCACACUUGGAUGCUGAUGCAUUCCUGCUUUAUCUGCAUGGCUAUAUAAAUCGACGAGCAAGCCCAUGGAACUGCUCUGCGAUAAUGACACCAACUUAUCGGAGGUAAUCGAGAGCUACGGGAGACCUUCGAUGCCAUGUUGCCAAAACUUCAUGAGCUGCUCACUGAGCAGAAGAUUCGGUUCCGCCAUAACCCACCAAGUGCUCCUCACUUCGGAGGAACCUGGGAGCAUUAGGUAAAGUCUGUUAAGACAGCACUGCGAGUUAUCAUGCGAGAGCAGUCAGUGCCAGAACCAGUAUUGCAGACUCUUCUGGUCGAAGUUGAGGGCAUCUUGAAUGUCAAGCCACUUGGCUAUGUAUCAUCGAAUGUUGCAGACUUGGAUCCAGUGACUCCGAACCUACUUCUUAUGGUCCGUUGUGAUGCCUCCCUACCUCAAGUCUUAUAUGACUCCAGCAACCUGCUCGGAAGAUGGAGGUGGAGAUAUAGUCAGGUGUCAGUUAAUAGAUUCUGGACUGCCUUCAUUCGCAAUUACCUCCCGGGUUUGCAGGAUCGUCACAAGUGGAGGACAGAUGUCUCCAUCAGGUCCAUGGCCUCUAAAACCCAGGUCGGCUUCAUAGGUCUGGGGAACAUGGGAAACCCAAUGGCUAAGAACCUCAUAAAACAUGGAUAUCCAGUGAUAGCCUCAGAUGUAUUUCCAGAGUCCUGCAAAGAGCUACAGAAGCUUGGAGCUCAGAUCCUGGACAACCCUGCGGAUGUGGGGGACAAAGCAGAUCGCAUCAUCACAAUGCUCCCCUCUAGCCUCAAUGUUAUAGAUGUGUAUACAGGGCCAAAUGGAAUUUUGAAGAAAGUUAAGAAAGGAGCACUACUCAUUGAUUCCAGCACUAUUGAUCCAGCUGUUUCAAAGGAGAUGGCAGUUGCUGCAGAGAAACUGGGGGCUGUUUUCAUGGAUGCCCCAGUGUCUGGAGGUGCUGGUGCUGCCACUUCAGGUAAGCUCACCUUUAUGGUGGGUGGGCCAGAGGAGGAGUUCAAUGCAGCCAAGGAACUUCUGAGCUGUAUGGGGGCUAAUGUAGUGUAUUGCGGCAAGGUUGGCUCUGGACAGGCAGUUAAAAUCUGCAACAAUAUGCUGCUGGCAAUUGGAAUGAUUGGAACAGCAGAGACCAUGAAUUUAGGAAUCAGAUUAGGGCUUGACCCGAAACUUCUGGCCAAGAUCUUGAACAUGAGCUCUGGCCGCUGCUGGUCAAGUGAUACAUAUAACCCUGUGCCGGGAGUGAUGGAGGGAGUGCCCUCAGCAAACAGCUACCAGGGUGGCUUCGGAACUACAUUAAUGGCCAAGGAUCUGGGACUUGCACAGAAUACAGCGACCAACACAAAGACAUCAGUGCCGUUGGGCUCUCUGGCCCAUCAGAUUUACCGGAUGAUGUGUGCACACGGCUAUGCCACCAAAGACUUCUCCUCAGUCUUCCAGUUCCUCAGAGAGGAGGAGGGCCAAUAGACAGAAACACUCUUUGCCCCUUCCACAGCCUUACCAAGCAUUGCUUGCCUUGUACACAACCUACAUAACAUUGACCCAACUGCCCGAUACAUUGGCAUGUAUGUGAUGGGAGCUGGUAUCAUCUGAUGAAUGAAUGAGUGAGUGAGUGAUUUAAUGAAUACAUGUGUUUAUUUGAUGAUAGUGGGUAUGUAUGUGUGUGUAGGGUCUAUUUGACAGGCUGUGAUCUGUUGGAACCAUGUUACUUAUGUGGGCCUACCCAUGUACAAUUAGUAAUCCACCAAUCGACCUAUCAUUAGAUGCUGUGAAUUUUGAGAAUGUUGUCUGUGUCUGACUGUUGGCUAUCAAAAGACUGAUGAUAUGAUAAUGCAGCAUUUGUCAUAGUUUUUAAGGAAAGGCUUACAGAUAACUUGUGGCUCAUUUCAACCUUAAUAGCCACAAACAUUGACCAGCUCAGCCAUGACACUCCUUAGAGCUUUCUUUUUUUUAACAGAUUUGCAAAGUUUUUAUUUUUAUGAAUAUUCUUGGUUCAGCACAAGUUAAGCACAAUUGAGAGCAUUUGUGGCAUAAAGUUGAUUAUACCACAAAAAAUAAUAAAAAAAAAAAAAAGCAAAAAUCUGGGUUACAGUAAGAAACUUAAAAUGGAAGUGAAUGUCAAUCCGUAAACAUUAAAAUACUCACUGUUUCAAUAGUAUAGCCUUUAAACGUAACCAACAUUCAUGUCUACAUGAUUUUAGUGUGAUAAUAUUGCCUACCUUUUCUGUGUAAAUUUAUAGCCAAUUUUACAACUUUAAAACUACCAAAAAAUAUAACUAUUUAACCUGUUGAUGUGCAUGCACCCCCCCCCCCCCCGAACUGAUGUCACUGUGCUUAAAUUAGUUCACAUAUAUUAUAUAGUCUAGUCAAAAAAGAGUUAAUAAUGUUGACAUAUUAUAAAGACGUAUAAUUUGUCAACAUUAUGCACAAUUUUGAACAGCACACGAUAUGGUAAAUGUGAACUAAUUUAAGCAAAGUAAAGUCAAACCCAUGGGUGGGGUCAAUGAGCAUCAACAUGUUAAACAACUUUACUGCUAAAACAAUACACAAGUUUUAACAGAAGAAUUAAUGUAGGUGCUAUUUCACAUUUUUCCUUUAAAACCUCCAAAAAUUGGCCCCAUUCACUUCAAUUGUAAGUACUUCAAUUUAGUCUUGGUUCUUUUAAGAAAAGGAGGGACAAGUACUUUUGUGUGUGUGUGUGUAUGUAGUAAUCAACAUUAUACCACAAAUGCUGUCGAUUGAGCUUAAUUUCUAUUGAACCAGGAUGUUAAGGUGGGGUCUGUUGAUUCACAGUUGCAUAGUCUACAUGCCAUAUUUGUGUACAUUUAAACACCAGAAAAUUAAAGCAGAAAAUAUCUAACUCAAAGAACCUUGACUUGUUAAUGUGUGCAUCCUUGUGCAUACACAUUAAUGUAACACUAGCAUAAUAGUUUCUGUUGUCCAUACAUUUUUAAUGGCUCUAAAACCCCACCAGUCUACCAGUGUUUUUUCUAGGCCAGCCUGAUGAAUGUGGCUCUCAGUUGAGAGUGAUCCGACACAGCCUGAAUCUUUAGUCUCAUCGAUGUCACACUGUGGAAUGUCUUUAAUACUAUAAAGAAUUCUUCUUUAUGAAGCCUCACCUUAGAUUCAAUGGCUAGAUGACUCAUUGGAUCUUCUCCUCACAGAGGGAACUGAAAUAUUGUAGUCCCACAUUCACACUGUUGAACUUUAGCAUUUCUUUUGAAGGUUGGGAACCUAUUGAAAAUUAAAAUGUUUAUAUGUGAACCCAUAAAUUAUAAUUAGAUCUGUU